AUGGAUCCAAACACAAAAACAAUUUUCUUGUUUGCAAUGUUUUUCUUCGAUAUAUUUUCCCCUAAUAUUCUACUCGUUUAUGCUCGUGAAUUCGGUCACAAAGCAUCAUAUACAUACAAACAAAAAACAGACAAAGGACCAGAGGGAUGGGGUAACAUAAAUCCUGAUUGGAAAGUUUGUAACACCGGAAAUUUUCAAUCUCCGAUCGAUCUUACCAACGAAAGAGUCAGUCUUGUUCAUGAUCAAGCAUGGAAAUUAGAUUACAAACCAGCUCCGGCUGUAAUUGUAAACAGAGGACAUGACAUUAUGGUAUCGUGGAAAGGAGAUGCUGGAAAAGUAACAAUACAUCAAACGGAUUAUAAAUUGGUGCAAUGCCAUUGGCAUACCCCCUCUGAGCAUACCAUUAACGGAACUAGUUACGAUUUGGAGCUUCACAUGGUUCACACGAGUGCUCAUGGCAAAAAUUCAGUGAUUGGUGUUCUUUACAAAUUAGGUGAACCUAAUGAAUUCAUCGCAAAGCUACUAAAUGGAAUAAAAGGAGUGGAGAAAAAAGAGAAAGAUAUAGGGAUGGUGGAUCCUCGAGAGGCUAGGUUUCAUAGCAAAAUCUAUAGAUACAUUGGGUCUUUAACUGCUCCUCCUUGCACUGAAGGUGUUAUUUGGACCGUACUCACAAAGGUGAACACAGUAUCAAUGGAGCAAAUUACAGCUCUGAAGGAAGCCGUUGACGAUGGGUUUGAGGCAAAUUCAAGACCGGUUCAAGACCCACAUGGAAGAUCAGUUUGGUUCUACAAUCAUAAUGUUUGA